AUGGAAAUAACAAGUCGAUCCCGCUUAUCUGGGGGGUUGUUGGUAGCCUUGGUAUUUCUUACCACGCCUGCCUGGGCUCACGAGGGCCAUGAAAAUGUUCCCGAAGGUGCCGCCAUCUCCGAGGACCCCAUUGACUCGACAUUAUGGUUGCACAUGAUCCUCAUGGGAUUUGCCUUUGGCAUCAUUUUCCCACUGGGUAUGGUUCUCGGGAUCGUGCGCUCGCGCUGGCAUGUCCCUGUUCAGAUAGUUGGCACUGUCGUCGCAGUCGUCGCAUACUUUCUUGGUCAUGCGCAUAAGGGUCGCCAAUUCUCCAAGAAUGUCCAUGCAUCUUUCGCGAACACACUAAUGUUGAUGAUGGUGGUUCAGAUCGUACUGGGUGUCUAUCUCAAACUGCAUCUCACCAAGGGCAUCCACGGGCGGAUUCGUCGUGUUGUGGUUGUUGCGCACGGAGUGGUCGGCAAGGCUAUGCCGGUCGCGAGUUGGGUCCAGAUGCUAUUUGGAGGUAUCACGGCCCUGGGUUUCUGCCGAGAUGAUCAUCUGGGACAGUGCCUAGCUCAUUUUAUAAUGGGCAGCGCUUUCAUUGCCUAUGGAAUCCUGCUGACCAUCCUCCUCCUCGUCGGUCAGUACUGGCUUCGCCGCACUGGACGAAGCCAGGAAUUCUUCGACUCGCUGAUCAUUGCUGCCUGGGGCUGCGUCAACACCUUCACAGAGCACCGGUGGGGAGGUCCCUGGGUUCACAACGACCUGCAACACACAACGAUGGGAAUUGUUUGGUGGUGUGCUGGUUUGCUGGGAAUUUGGUUGAGCCGAAAACGCAACGGCCGCCCGAAGCGCAAUCUUAUUCCAGCCUUGGUUAUACUGCUCACUGGCUAUGCCAUGUCCGCUCAUCCCCAAAAUCUGAUGAUCAGUACCAUGAUCCACACCAUCUUUGGUUAUACCUUGAUGGCGGCCGGUUUCACCAGAAUUAUUGAGAUCUCCUUCGUGCUCAGAGAUAAGGGGACCAUCAACCCAGACGGUUCUGAUCCGAAUAGCUUUCAAUAUCUCACGCCUUUCUUGUUGUACGCUUCUGGGUUCCUCUUCAUGGGCGCCACUGAGGAGCAAAUGCAACUUCUUAGCGAUGCCGGAAUCACACAUGUUUCAUACGUCCUGAUUCUGUAUAGCAUUGCUUUCAUCCUCUUCCUGUUUGUCAAUGUUCUCCUGCACAUCUAUGCCGUUCAUGCAUGGCCCGAAUCCGCCAAGCCGCCGUCACGCUCCCGUUCUUCAAGUUUUGCAGAUGAUGCUGGCGAGGGGUCAUCCGGCUUCAAGCCCAACCAGCCCCACGGCCGCUUCCUAAACGGUCACGCCCGCUCCGCAUCCGAGAACCAGCAUGUUCAUGAUGCCGAGGAAUUUGAAUUACAGGGGCUUAUCUCAGAUGAGGAAGAUAGCGGAGAACAAAGCAGGAAUACGAUGGGGCCCAGAAAAACCGAGGACGAGGAAAGCUCUCCUCUCGUUGGUAAGGAGACCUCAAUGCGAUGA